AAUGUCACGAAGUCCGACGACGCAGCGAAACGUAAGUUCUUCAGUACAAUGAGGCUAUGGGAGCGACUGAGCCGCUAUGACAACAUCUGCCGACUCUAUGGCGCCUGCUACUUCACGACCACCCCCUUCGUCAUAAUGGACUAUUGCGACAAGGGGCCACUCGAUAAGUUCCUCCGGCAAGACGAGAUCAACCGCUCCACACUCAGCCUCGAAAUACUCUCGCAAGCUGCCCAAGCGGUCUCGAAGAUGCAUUCCAUCGGCAUCGUCCAUGGAGACUUGAAGUGCGACAACAUUCUCGUGUGGGGAAAUACUCAAGUGAAAAUCUGCGACUUCGAUCGCAGCUUCGACUGGAGUGCGAUGAAGGACCGGCGUCUCGUGAAUGGCACAGCAGUCGCAGCGGGGAUUGCAAUCACGGAUGCCGUGCGCUACUUGGCGCCCGAGUGUGUGAGAGGGAUGCUGCCGAGUACCAAGUCCGAUGUCUACUCGUUCGGCAUGGCACUCUACCACGCACUUAUGGGUGGAUCGCCGUAUGCAGAUAUUUCAAGCGACGAAGAGCUCCGCACGUGCAAACUAUGCGGCGAACUUCCAUCCCGAGAUGUGCAAUUGAUCAGCGAUGGCGCCUGGAAACUGAUCACUCAAUGCUGCGACUCGACGCCCGAUCAAAGGCCAACGAUAGAAAAGGUGAUUGCGGCGUUAAGAUCGUUGUUGAGUCAGCAG